AUGACGCGGCUGGAACGAGAGUCCCAAGAAGCUCUGGAUCGCGCCAGAAUGAUGCGAGACUGCUCGGCCCGAGAACUUGCUGAGGCUGAGGAGGCUGUCAAGUCCGCAGACCGUCAGAAGGAGUUUCUGCGAGCUAUGGCUGAGGCCGAGACACAGCCUGACCAUUUCUCGCCUUGUGGCACACGGUCGGAGAACCUCGAACGUGAGACGGGGUCUUUCCUGAAGAAGAGCCGGUCCUCUGCAUCCUUCUCACCGAGCCUCGACCCCACCCAACUGUCCAUGAAGGAAGCCUUGAAGCGCCAGAAGACCAAGAGCUUGGCCGAGCAGCAGCUUCGCGAGAUGGAGGAAAGUCGUCGCUUGAGGGCGCGGCAAGAAGCUGAGGCCCAGGAGCUUCGUGAGAGAGAGGCUCGUCGCUUGAAGGAGCAGCAAGAGGCAGAAGCCCGUGAGAGGGAAGCGCUUCGUCUGAGGGAGCAGCAAGAGGCUCGGGACAAAAUGCUUCGUUUGAGGGAGCAGCAAGAGGCAGCAGCUCGUGAGAUGGAGGCACUUCGUUUGAGGGAGCAGCAAGAGGCUCGGGACAAAGAGCUUCGUUUGAGGGAGCAGCAAGAGGCAGAAGCUCGUGAGAUGGAGGCCCUUCGUUUGAGGGAGCAGCAAGAGGCUCGGGACAAAGAGCUUCGUUUGAAGGAGCAGCAAGAGGCGGUAGCUCGUGAGAGGGAGGCACUUCGUUUGAAGGAGCAGCAGGAGGCUCGGGACAAAGAGCUUCGUUUGAGGGAGCAGCAAGAGGCAGAGGCCAAGACCAAGGAGCCUGGUGAGGGGCUCACUGAUCCGAGGUUGCUGGAGUUACGUCGCAAGCAUGAGAUGCUGGAGGGACAUGUUGCUCAGAGGGAGUCCGCACAUCAUGCUCUCAAACGCCAACUCAGCGACAGCCCUACUUCCCCCGGCUGCACAUCUCAGAAAAGCUCAGAGGCAGCUCGUUCCUUCCAACGUCUCAGUCUUUCUCGAAGUCAGACUAGUCUGGAGGCCGAGAGCAUGAACCAAUACAUGCAGGACAUCGCCAGCGAGCAUUGCACUGAGGAGGAGAAAAGCUCGAAACGACGCAAGCUCGAGGCCGAGCUGGUUCUUGCACAGGCUGACAGGAUGAGGGAAGCUGCUCUAGCACAGCUCAGGCUGGAGCAGGAGCUCGCUGCAGCAUUGUCAACAGAGCCCCUGCAGCAGGCCCCCACACCCCCUUCCAGCACCCAGCAGCCUCCCCAGAAACAUGGCCCUUCUUCCCUCACACCCAAGCAGCUUCAAGAAGCCGAGGACCAGGCCACUGAGGCCAUGAAAAGGAUGGCCCCACGUUUUGCCGACAGGUUGUCGGAUGUGUCAGAUGGUGAAGAACGCAAGGAGAUGCUCUCAGAAAUGCUUCUCAAAGUUUACGAGUCCCACUUGGAAACGACGAUGGAACUCGAGCCGCUGCCCUCGUCUGGGAAUGUCGAGUCGCAGCGGGGUGUUGCAUCUACGAAGGGGAAGUCCCCCGCGGGAAGACUGGAGGAUGGCACCCUGCCAGAGCAGGACCCGCAAGCUGUCAUCAACAGUGCCACGCACAAACUAGCAUGGAACUGCCUCUAUCGCAUGGUGCAGCUGAAUAGCCGGGGCGAUUUACGUGUGGACAGAGAUGUCUACGACAAAUGGCACAGCAAAGAAGCUGGUGUGAAGGACCAGCUGUUCAGGGACUUCGUUCAGAAAUGCUACAAGGAAAAAGAUCCAGAAGGAAACAAGAUGCGUUUGGAGAAGCUCAUUACGUACCGACGAGAGAAGAUCCGCCAACAGAAAUCCAAUGUCAUCAGAGCAUGGUGGACGGAGACUGACAUGACCAAGGCCGAGUGGAAGUGCAAGUAUGAGAACGUGGACAAGUUCUUGGUGGAGAUAGAAGAUCGUGUGGACGAUGAGAGUUUGUACUUACUCCGCCUUCAGGAGGAAGUUGCUGCUGCAUCUGGCGAGUUGCCCGAGGACUUCGGUGGUUUCAAUCUCGAUGCGCCUUUGGACGACAUGCACAGAGACCUGGACGCAGGGCCCGCUGAGGCCUUCCAAGACCACAACAAGGUGAAACUUGAGCAGUUUCCCGAGAUCGAGGAGGGCAUGUUGACUGCUCGCAUAAAAAAAUACAAAGAUGCGGCGCUGGCUCGGAAGCAAAGGCUGAAGAGUACUGAAGAUCGCUUGACUUUGGAAGGCUCAACCGGUCAUGAGAGCUUCGGCUGCAAGAACAUAUUUAGUGGAUUGAACGACAUGUGCUUUACACAUAAAAGAGUUGAAAAAAGAGAUAUAUAUAUAUAUAUAUGUAGGUUUAUAUAUACUUGA